AUGGCUUCCUCAAACACCAUUACUGUUACUCUUGGUCAGAUCGCCAAAAUGAUUGAUCACUCUCUCCUCCACCCCACCAUGACCGAUGCCGACAUUCUGGAAGGCCUUCGGAUUUCCAAAAAGUACAAUGUCGCCACUGCCUGCGUCAAGCCGUACUUGAUCCCCAUGGCCAAGAACGAGCUCGACGGCACCGACGUCCUCGUGUGCCCCGUCAUUGGCUUUCCCCACGGCAACAGCACCACCGACGUCAAGGUCUACGAAGCCACAGCUGCUGCCCAGGCCGGGGGCAAGGAGAUUGACAUGGUGAUCAACAUUGGCAAGGCGCUCGGCGGCGACUGGGAUUAUGUCAAGACGGAGAUUGAGGCCAUCAACAAGGCCGUUACCCAAAACGGCGCCAUUCUCAAGGUGAUUUUCGAAAACGACUAUCUCCAGGAGGAACACAUUAUUCGUCUGUGCGAGAUAUGCUCCGAGCUAGACGUUGCCUUUGUCAAGACAUCUACAGGCUACGGAUUCGUCAAGCAGCCCAAUGGACAAUACUCUUACAAGGGCGCGACGGUACCUCAUCUUGCUCUAAUGCGCAAGCACUCCAAGCCGGGGGUUCAGGUCAAAGCGGCGGGAGGCGUAAGGACACUGGAUGACUUGUUGCACGUCAUGUCCCUCGGCGUGACGAGAAUUGGGGCCACGGCAACCAUAGCCAUCAUGGAGGACGCUGCCAAGCGUGGCAUCACUAGUGAGCCGACCACGGUCGAGUUCAAGCCUAUUGCCGGAGAAAGCUCUGGGGGAUAUUAA